AUGUAUCAAACUUUACAAUUAGUUAAAAAAAAAAGUUGUAGUAAUUGUGAUUUAAAGACAAGUUAUUGUAAAAGUUUAGAUACGGGUGACAUAUCAUGUGAAUGUAGAGAAGGGUUUAUUAAAUCAAAAAAUAAUGAUGAUUUUUGUGUAGAUAAAAAUACCCCAACAUCUGAGUGUGUUGUUGGGGAGGCUGAGAAAGCUGGAACAAGGAUUUUGACUGAUUUAUUGACAAGAUAUGAUAAAAAUAUUGUACCAUCAAAUGAGGGAGUUGAUGUUGAUGUUGAACUUAUAAUACAAAAAGUCUCUGAGAUAUCAGAACUUCAUAGUUCAUCAAAAAUGGAUAUAUUAUUAAGUCAAAUUUGGCAUGAUAGAGGUUUAAAUUUUGAACAUUAUGAGGGUUCACAUUGUUUGUCAAAUUUAAGUUUAUCACAUAGAAUGGUAGAACAAAUAUGGAUUCCUAAUGUUUGCCUUUUAAAUAGUAAAAGUUCAACAAUUCAUUCAUCACCAACUCCAAAUGUAUUUCUUGCAAUAUUUCCUAAUGGAACUGUAUGGAUGAAUUACCGACUUGCUGUUGAGUCACCAUGUGAAUUUUCAUUUCUUACCUAUCCAUUAGAUGGAACAUACUGUUCAACAGUAUUUGAAUCUUACUCAUUUAAUGUUGGUAAGGUACGCCUUCACUGGAAACGUCAUGGUACACCUAUUGAAAUAAUGGAUUCAAUACGCCUUCCAGAUUUUACACAUACAGGUUUAAAAAGAGAAAAAAAUACAUAUGAGUAUCCGGCAGGACAAUGGGAUCAAUUAAAAGUAAUACUUUAUUUUAAACGUGCUUAUGGUUUUUAUAUACUUCAAAUAUAUCUACCAACAUAUUGUAUGGUAUUAAUUUCAUGGAUAAGUUUUUGGUUAGAUCGUAAAGCAUUACCAGCAAGAGUUACAUUGGGUGUUUCAUCAUUAAUGGCAUUAACAUUACAAUAUAGUAAUGUUGCAAGAUCUUUACCAAAAGUUUCAUAUGUUAAAGGUCUUGAUUUAUUUAUGUUUGGUUGUGUUGGGUAUAUAUUUUUAAGUAUAGUUGAACUUGCAAUUGUUGGAAUGUUAGAAAAAGAAGAAAAAGAAGAAUAUGAAAAUUAUGAAAAAGAAAUUCGUGAUAAAGCAAUGAAACGCCUAGCUAAAACAUUUAGAAAAUCAUUUAAAGAACGUAAAACAUCACGUAAAAGAAGUCAAGGAAUGAUAUUAAAUAAUGUUACUAUUGAAGAUGAUGAGAUAACACGUCGUUUAUGGUCAAAAGAAAGUACUAAAAAUUCAACAUUUAUUCAAUGUCCACAACCAGAACCAUCUGAUGAAAUUGAUUUACCAUCAUCAAGAUGUGAAGAAAUUCAAAGAAGAAAGGCUGUUUUUCGGGAAUCAAUUAAUAAAAAAAAAUGUGGUAAAGAAAAAAAUAUUCCAAGAAAUCAUACACCAAGACUUUUUGAAAAAUGGAAUGGAGAUGAUUUAGAUAAAUUUAGUCAAAAAGUAUUUCCUAUAACAUUUAUUAUAUUUAAUCUAAUAUAUUGGAUGUAUUACACAGCAAAAUCACAUGAGUUUAAUGUAUAUUAA